AUGGACACACAGAGCACACCAGUCCCAGUGGUGGGUGAGGCCAGCUCUGAGACCCCUGGCCAGCGCUUCUGGGGGUUCUACUACGAGGAGGAAGAGGGUCCCCGUGAGGCCCUGGCCCGGCUCCGGGAGCUGUGCCGCCAGUGGCUGCGGCCCAAGGUGCACUCCAAGGAGCAGAUGCUGGAGCUGCUGGUGCUGGAGCAGUUCCUGGCGCGCUGCCCCGAGAUCCAGGCCCGUGUAGAGGGACAGCGGCCAGGCAGCCCUGAGGAGGCCGCUGCCCUGGUCGAGGGGCUGCGCCAGGAGCUGGCCAGGCCAGAACUCCAGGUGGUCCUCACUUCUCUGGUGCUUUAUGACCCCAAGGGGGAGCAAGGAGAUAAAAGCCAAGUCCUGGAGCUGCUUUGUGCAGAGUUGGAGAUCAAGGCCCUGUGGGAGGCUACUGCAGAUAAGGCAGAAGACCUGGUGCCAAGCCCCUUGCCUCUCCCCAGGGAGCCGGCCUGCCAGUGCAGUGAGUGUGGCAAGGCGUUCAGCCAGAGUUCCUACCUGGUGCAGCACAGGCGAGUGCACACGGGCGAGAAGCCAUACACGUGCACCGAGUGCGGCAAGGCCUUCACCUGGAGCUCCAGCCUCAGCCAGCACCAGCGCAUCCACACAGGCGAGAGGCCCUACGUGUGCCGGGAGUGUGGCAAGGCUUUGCGCGCGCGCUCGCAGCUCAUCCACCACCAGAAGACGCACAGUGCCGUGAAGCCCUUCCGCUGCCCAGACUGUGGCAAGGCCUUUGGCCGCAGCACUACACUGGUGCAGCAUCGGCGCACAGACACGGGUGAGAAGCCCUAUGAAUGCUCCGAGUGCGGCAAAGCCUUCAACUGGAGCUCCAACUUCCUGGAGCACCGGCGUGUGCACACGGGUGCACGGCCCCACACCUGCUCUGCCUGCGGCAAGGCCUUCAGCCAGAGCUCCAAUCUGGCGGAGCACCUGAAGAUCCACGCGGGCACACGGCCGCACGCAUGCUCCGAUUGUGGCAAGGCCUUCCUGCGCGUGGCGGGCCUGAGGCAGCACCGGCACACACACAGCGGCGAGAGGCCCUUUGCCUGCGCGCAGUGUGGCAAGAGCUUCCGCGAGAGCUCGCAGCUGCUGCAGCACCAGCGUAGGCACACGGGCGAGAAGCCCUUCGAGGGUGCUGAGUGCGGCCAGGCCUUCAUCAUGGGCUCCAGUCCGGCCGAGCACCAGCGCGUACACAGCGGCGAGAAGCCCCACGUGUGCUCCCAGUGUGGCAAGGCCUUCAGCCAGCGCUCCAACCCGCUCAGCCACAAGCGCAUCCACUCUGGUGCCAAGCCCUAUGCCUGUGCCGACUGCCGCAAAGCCUUCAAGGGCAGCUCGGGCCUGGCACACCACGGCGAGCGGCCCUACGCCUGCCGCGACUGUGGCAAAGCCUUCCGCGGCAGUUCGGAGCUGCGCCAGCGCCAGCGCGUGUACUCCGGGGAGAAGCCGUUCGUCUGCGCCGAUUGCGGCAAGGCUUUUGUGCGCAACUCCGAGCUCGUGAGCCACCGGCGCACGCACACGGGCGAGCGGCCCUAUGUGUGUAGUGUGGGCAGCAAGCCCUUCAGCCACCGCUCCAACCUCAAUGAACACCAGAAGCGACACACGGGCGGUGCCGCGCCCCGACUCUGGGAUGCCCCUGGGAGAUGUGGCAUCAUUGGAUCUUCUGGGCAAUAGGGCCCAAGGGCCAAAGCAGCCUGCUUUGUAUCCAGGACCUGCUGCAUGGGCCCCACACAAAACUGCUGUUGAAAACAGAUUGGAGCAGCACACUGAGGUCUCUCACUGGGCCCAGCAACCGAGGGAGCCAUAGUAUUCGAGACCCGGCCGAACCUGUGGGCAGAGGCCGAAUCGUUGCUGGAGC